GGCUUUCUUCUUUUCCCUCAAAUUAAAACGCGUCUUCUGCAUGUUCCCAGGAAAUAAUAUUUGCUUGAAUCCAACGCCCCCUGAGCACCCGUACGCAUGUCCAACCGUAUUAUCACUGCCGUCCCAACGGCAAAAGACGCGCACACAUUUCCGACCGUCACCACCGCUCCCUUUGCACGUUGAUUCUCUUUCUCUCUCUCUCUCUCUUCACGGGCAUUUCAAUCGGCGGAAGGCCAUCGCGAGCUGCAUGGGUUGAAAGACUGAAUUGCAGCUUUACACUGCUAAUCAACACAAGUUGUAAUACCUAAUGCUCCAUUUCUUGUGUUUGAAUAUGUGUUCCUUGAUAACCAGUUUCAACAUGAGUUUUUGAACAUGCAGCUUGAGUUUUGAGGCAAAAAAUGCCAAAUGUGGCAUUUAUCAGAAGAUAGACUCCUAUGAAGAGUUAUGUUUCUAAUUCUUUUCAUGCGCUCACCCUUCUUAAGACAUUGAUUUUCAGUCACCAAGCAAAAACACAAUUGCCACAUGAUUGAGUAUUGAGAUUCUGAGGGCCUCACAUAUGUGAAAUAAAAAAUGAGUGAUGUAGGUGCUGAUUGCCCUAUUUUAAAGGCCAAUAAAAUGAAAAAACCUGAGGGUGAUGGAAGUCACUGUGCUAAAGAUGCCAUGCCUGGCUGUGAUCUUUGGACAGAUGGACUUAUUUGUGCUUUUGAGUUUGUCCAAAGUGAUAGGAAGACAAUGGGGUCAAACUCUUAUUCCAAGAUCCAUAGCACAGGACAAACAGAUGGGGAUAAUUCAGAGAAACAAGUGCAUACCUGUGGACUAAUUGAAGCUUCUGCGCCAAAAAUGGAGGGGAAUACUUCACUGGAGUCUGUAUCCUGUGCUAAGACAGGGAGCAGUCAGACUAUUUCUUUAGAUGCCCUCAAAGAUAAUCAGACCUAUGAAUCACACUCUUUUAAAAACAUGGAAAGAUUCUCACGUGGUCAUUGGGUACCAAUUGGGUGGGCGAGAAUUUCUGAGCUUGUUCAAUUGGUGCAAAUCAAUUCUGGCUGGGCUUCACAGCAGUUUGAGUUCAUGGAUGAAGAUGAUCUUACUGUUGCUGAUUUAGCAGCUCCUUACUGGGAGCGACCAGAAGGGCCCACAUGGUGGUGCCAUGUGUCUGCAAGUCACCAGUUCAUCAGUACAUGGCUUCAAAAUGCUCAAUGGUUACAUCCUGCCAUCAGCGUUGCUUUGAGAGAUGAAAGUCGGCUAAUAAGUGAGAGGAUGAAAUACCUUCUAUAUGAGGUUCCAGUUAGGGUUGCUGGAGGUCUAUUGUUUGAGCUGUUAGGGCAAUCAGUUGGUGAUCCAUAUGUUGAUGAGGAUGACAUCCCCAUAGUACUUAGAUCUUGGCAAGCACAGAACUUUCUAAUAACUGCAUUGCAUGUUAAAGGAUCUGCAUCAAGGAUAAAUGUAUUGGGUAUCAUAGAAGUUCAGGAACUUCUUUCUGCCGGUGGUUAUAAUGUACCAAAGACAGUGCAUGAACUCAUAGCACAUUUGGCUAGCCGACUUUCUCGAUGGGAUGAUAGACUAUUUCGCAAACAUAUUUUUGGCGAGGCGGAUGAAAUUGAAUUGAAAUUUAUGAACAGGAGAAAUCAUGAAGAUCUGCAACUUUUCAGUGUAAUUCUAAACCAAGAAAUCAGAAGGUUAUCAACACAGGUUAUCCGAGUAAAAUGGUCACUUCAUGCUAGAGAAGAGAUUAUUUUUGAGCUUCUGCAACAUUUGAGGGGAAAUGUGGCCAGAAGCUUGUUGGAGGGCAUAAGAAGGAGUUCGAGGGAAAUGAUAGAGGAGCAAGAGGCAGCUCGUGGGCGCCUGUUUACAAUUCAAGAUGUUAUGCAAAGCACUGUCCGUGCAUGGUUGCAGGAUAGAAGCCUUCGAGUUACCCAUAAUUUGGCUGUUUUUGGGGGUUGUGGGCUUGUUCUUUCCAUCAUCACUGGACUAUUUGGAAUUAAUGUCGAUGGAAUCCCUGGAUCAGACAGUACACCAUAUGCGUUUGGUCUAUUUUCAGGCAUUCUCUUCGUAAUUGGAGCUGUGCUGAUUGCAAUUGGAUUGCUUUACCUUGGUUUAAAAAAGCCUAUCACUGAUGAGCAAGUUGAAGUUAGGAUGUUGGAGCUGCAGGAGUUUGUAAAGAUGUUCCAGCAUGAGGCAGAGACUCAUGCCCAGGUUCGUAAAUCUGUUUUGCGGCACAACUUGCCGCCGACUGCUGCAGGUGCACUCCCAGAUGGUGCAGACUAUUUUCUCAUCCGUUGAAAACGAUCUUUCAAUUUCGUUGUUUCAUUUAGGUAGGUAAUUGUGGGUCUCCAAUCUCCAUGAGGGGACCUAAGAAGGCAGAGAAUUUUGGUACUGUUAUUCUGUAAAUAAUAUAUAGGAGGUGGCGGAUACGGCAAGGUCUGGAAGAUGUGAUCUGGCUCUUCAUGUUUCCUUUGGCAUGCAUCAUGCAAUUGCUGUCUUGUCAACCAAAAACAUCCUUACGGCAAUAAACAAAUAAGUUUCGGUAAA